GGUCGGUGAAACGAAGUAAACCUUACACAAAGCAAUGAUUGCUAAAGCUGCAGUAGUCCUGUCCCUGGUGGCGCUGGCAACCGCCGGUGUGGUGCAGUUAUCGCACGGAUACGGUGGUGGAGAAGCUUACGGCCACGAAGCAGUAGCGUACGCUCCGGUAGCCCAGCUUGCCCACUACGAGGCGCAGGACGAACACGUCGACUAUCACGCUCAUCCCAAAUAUGACUACUCUUACUCCGUCUCUGACCCUCACACCGGUGACCACAAAGAGCAGCACGAAGCCCGCGACGGUGACGUAGUCAAGGGUGAAUACUCCCUCCUCCAACCUGACGGUUCCUUCCGCAAAGUCACCUACACCGCUGAUGACCACAAUGGUUUCAACGCGGUCGUCCACAACACAGCCCCCGUGCACCCUGAAUUCCACCACUAAUCUUUAUCGGCCCAUGGCCACUCUCAUGUGAUAUUACUGUACCUUUAUACUAUAGAUAGUCUUUAGUCGACAACGAACUAUUAAUGUAAGA